CAAGCAUUUCUCUUAGCAACGACAGGCCAGGAAAGGUGUAAAAUGCGUGUUGAAGUCGCAAAUACCUUCUAUUGCUUUUCGAGGUGUACAAUUUACAUAUUUAGGGUCUGUUAGAGCAAAUGUUUGCAGAAUACGUCUUCUUUUUAAGUGUCUGAAAACCCUAGCCUUACUGGAAAUUACAUCGCUUUACGUGUUAUAAGGACAUGUCUAGACGAUUCUUAUCGUCAAUAUUUUUUAGUUUAGCCACAUUUGAAACAGUCUUCCUAUACUAUAACCUACCUAACUCUUGUUGUGCCAAAGACUAGUCCAGUGACUAGACUGUUUGUGUCGGUUCCUUCCUUUUUCUGAAACAGCAGACACGAUGAUGAUAGAACAGGAAGUCUUCAGUGAGAUUCAUUCUCCCGCUGAGUAGUCGUUUUUUUACUGUGUUGUGGUCAACCAUGGCAUCCAGUAUUUUUACCUCAGUCACAAGACUAGCUGUUUUUAUUUUUGUAACGUCUUUAGUGAGUUGUCUUCAAGUGAUUUCAGCUAUUAAUGCACCUAAUUUACCCAGGCAAGGGGUUGUUUCAUCAGACCAAAUACUACGCAAUCUUAUUGACUACAAAACCUACUAUUUUGAUCAGAAGAUUGAUCACUUUGGAUUUGCUGAAGAUUCGACUUUCAAGCAAAGAUACCUAUUAGCUGAUCAACACUGGCGUAAAGAUGGAGGUCCCAUUCUUUUUUACACUGGCAACGAAGGAGAUAUUGCAUGGUUCUGUAACAACACGGGUUUCAUGUGGGAUGUGGCGGAGGAGCUGGGAGCGUUGCUAGUGUUUGCCGAACACAGAUACUAUGGGGAUUCCCUGCCUUUCGGAGAGCAGUCCUACAGUGAUGCGAAGCACCUCAACUUCUUGACAUCGGAGCAGGCUCUGGCUGACUUUGCCGUGUUAGCAGAACAUCUGAAGCUAAAUUUGCCUGGUGCCAAACACAGCCCCGUCAUUGCUAUUGGAGGAUCUUAUGGAGGAAUGUUGGCUGCUUGGUUUAGAAUGAAGUAUCCGCACGUAGUUGUUGGUGCCUUGGCUUCAUCUGCCCCGAUCUGGCAGUUUAAAGAUUUGGUCCCCUGUGAUGUUUUCUAUAAGAUUGUGACUGAUGAUUUCUCAGAGUCUGGGAAGGGGUGUUCUGAAAGCAUCAGGCGCUCCUGGAAGGCAGUGGACAAUCUCACAUCUACAGACGGCGGGCUGCAGUGGCUGUCUGAAGCAUUUCACCUCUGCUCUCCAUUGAAGUCCAAAGAGGAUGCUUUGUUUUUCAAGUCCUGGCUGAGUGAGACCUGGGUGAACCUGGCCAUGGUGGAUUACCCAUACGAGGCCAACUUCCUACAACCUCUACCAGCCUGGCCAAUUCAGGUUGUCUGUAAAUUUCUAAGAGAACCGUCAUUGCCAGACAAAGAUUUACUACAAAACAUUUUCCAGGCUGUGAAUGUGUACUACAACCACACAGGGAACACCCAAUGUUUGAAUACUUCACAGACUGCCACUGGUAAUCUGGGCUACAUAGGCUGGUACUAUCAGGCCUGUACAGAGAUGGUGAUGCCCAUGUGUUCCAAUGGCGUCAGUGACAUGUUUGAGCCCCAGCAGUGGGACUUCAAAGCCUUCUCUGAUGAUUGUUCACAACAGUUUGGAGUGAGACCCCGAGCUGACUGGGCCACGACCGCGUACGGAGGAAAGAAUAUCAGCUCUCAUAGCAACAUUAUCUUCAGCAAUGGAGGCUUGGAUCCCUGGUCAGGUGGGGGAGUCAAUGUACAUAUCUCAGAGUCUCUGGUUACCAUAGUAAUCCCUGAAGGAGCUCACCACUUGGAUCUGCGCUUUAACAAUCCUUCUGACCCCCAGUCUGUGCUCAAGGCCCGGGCCCUGGAAGUACAGUACAUGAAGCAGUGGAUUAAAGAGGCUACUCUAAACCCAGGAUCCCAGAGUAAUAAAAUUGUGUAGGCCUCGUUAUCGGGCCUGUUUUAAGAACAAAGUCAUGAUUAUGGGAAAAUCUUUUUUUUUUUUUUUUUUAAUUUAUGAUAAAUAAUAAAAAAAAAUGUAUCAAUUCAAAAACGAAAUCUUCAAACUAAGUAUGAAGCAACCACCAUUUCAUGUUUUAUGCUGUUGCUGUCAACGCACCAAAUGUUUGGCAAUGCUGUAUUUUAAUUCAGUUUUUUGACACAGGUAUGUCAAAAAUGUAAGUCUUUAACGUGACUAUAUGUUUUGAUAUGUGCAGUUUAAAAAGAUUUUGACGUGCUUGUGCACAAGCUUUUAUUGGUAGAAAUGGAUCAGGGAAUGUUUUGAAUAUUGUGGCUUAAAAUCACUUGAAGCUGUUGUUGAAGCUAAUGUGUUUUACAUUUUAUUAUUGCACUAUUUUAAACAGAUGUUUCUUUAAGGGUGGAUGAAAUGUUCUCUGGUAUUUUAUAGUACCACUAUUAGAUGUGCGCCUUUGCUGAUUUUUAAUAAGUGUUAGAUGGUUGUAUUGCACACAAAUCCCUUGCUGUUUCAGCGCGUACCUGAUGGGUUCAAAUGCAUGCCUAUAAAAGUGUUCCGUAAACCAUAGGAAACUCUAACCUGAACACUAUUGUUAACGUUACUGAUUUUCAAAGGCUUUCAUUUACUAAGAUUUUGCUCCAGGCCACAGGAUGGAAGUAAGAAUCUGAACCAUUCAGGUAUUUACAAUGAACUAAAUUAAACAAUGUCCACACUGCCUAAAUAGUGCACGAUCAACAAAUGAUGAAAUAUGAUUGCCAUUCACUGAUGAUCGGAAUUACAUAUGUAGUGUGACUAGGAUAAUGGCAGGCCAUACAAAAGAAAAGCUCAGGUGUUACUUCUUUUUUUUUUUUUUUUAAUUCUCAACAUACUGUACCAGGGCUGGACCCUCCAUUAAAUAUUGAUUAUGUCUUGGCUGUUAAAGACAACUUUACAUUCCUUCUUAUGAGACACAGUCAUAAUUGAGAUAAGAUCAUAAAUUUCCCAGAGGGAAAAGAAAGCUGCUUUAGCCUUUUCAGUCCUGACGGGACCUCAAGAUCCCACCUUAUCUUAGAGGCGUAUGUUAACAUAGUUCCCAGUCUGAGGUAUGUAUACUGCAGCCGUCAGAUGGCUCGUGGGAUCGGAGGACGCCCACUGAACCUUCCAUUUCCCUGACCUCUGUGGGGAAUUGCUGCGGAAAGGAAAAAAAUAAUUGGGCAUUCUAAAUAGGGGAGAAAAUCAGGGGGUACAAUAAUUGGACGCACUAAAUAAAAUAAAUAUAAAUGUUUUGAAUUAUGUAACUUAAUUUCGCAUUCUUCUGCUUGACAAAAAUAAUUCAGGACUGAAAAGGUUAAACUAAAAGACUCUACACCUUGUAACUACGAAUUUGAAGAUGGUUCUGUGUAGGUGAUUGUUUACGUGGCAGACUAUUCAAGCAUUUAGACUAAAGGUCCUCUAUGCACGUUGAACAGUUCAGAUUUAAUACAGCCUGUGGCGUUUAUUUGGCAAAGAAGACUUGGAAAGCAAAACCGUAUUUUGGAAUGGCUGUUAAAAUUCACUCUUAAGUUACACAUGCCCAUGAAAAGAGAGUAAUUCACUGCUUUUACAAGAAGCCACACAUUACCAUGAAUAGAAUGAAAUGCAUUUCCCCUUUUCAGAGGUGGUCUGCUUCUGAAGACAUGCCGUACUUUUUGCCUCACAAUUUAUCACCUCAGAAGUUCCAAGAUUGUUGGGCCAGCACGGCUCUGUUUACUGCUAACCUGACUUCUAUAUACUGUUAAAUUACUCAUAAUGACUUUUCAUAAAGUUAUGUUAUUAAACUGAGUAGACAGACCAUGGUAAGCCAGUACCAAUACAGUUGCCUUUUGAAACAAUUGCCUACUGUGAACACCGUUCACUAUUGCUUGUUUUUAGGUAAAUUCAGCUGCCUGCCCAUAACGUUUUGAAUUCUGUGAGACCCACCUGCACUGUAGUUAGUCUGUGUCUUAUUUCAAGCUCUACUCUCUUUACCCCAACCUCUAAAUGAUACUGCCCUUCCCGCUUGAUAGUGCUCCAAAUAUUUUUUGCAAACAAGAGGUUUUGUCUGAGUGAGUAUGUCUUGGUAAAACAUUUGAUAAUACAUGUUUCAGCUGUCUUUAGACCUGACAUGUGGAUCUCUUGCUGUUUCUGAAUUGAAUUUCACAAAACGGAUUUUUUAAAAAUGAUUUUCUUCAAAAUAAAAAUUGUGUUCACACAAGAA